AUGGCCAAGACAAAGCCCAUCGUGCUUGAUGGCCGCACUGGAGAGGGCGGUGGUCAGCUCGUCAGAUUAGGAAUUGCGCUGGCAGCGAUCACUUCACAACCCGUCGAAAUAACCAAUGUGCGAGGCAAUCGGCCACGCGGUGGAGGCCUCAAGAACCAGCAUGUGGCGGCCAUUGAAUGGCUCGCCAGAGUCACCGAAGCUGACGUCGAAGGUCUCAGCGUUGGCUCCAAAGCCGUGACAUUCACGCCCAGACGGCCCCCAACAGAGCUAUUUCAGCGAAACAUCUCCAUCAGGACCGAAUCAGGAGCCGCCAGCACAAUGCUAGUCCUUCAGGCCAUGUUGCCUUUUUUACUAUUCGCAAGUAGCGAUACAAAUGAGCCUAUUGUGGUGGAACUGUCGGGAGGCACGAAUGUUGCCUUUUCGCCAAGCUACGAAUACUUCGAUCAAGUAUUGGCGCCGACGCUGGAAGAGCGGUUCGGCGUGCAUAUCGAGCGACAGCUGAAAAGUCGUGGAUGGAGUUUAGGGCCAUUAUCAAGGGGAUCCAUUUGGCUCAAAUUAUAUCCGAUAUCCAAGGGCGAGAAGCUCAAGUUUGUCCCUCCGCCGGUAUACAGCUUCCCAGCCUCGUUUGAGGUCAAGAGUGUUGAUGUCAGCAUCAUCACGCCAAUGCACUCACAUAAGAAGCUUCAAGAGAUGGUAGUAGAAGAUAUUGGAAUGCUUUGGCCAAGUGCCGAAAUCAGCUUCAAAGUAGUCGAAGAUUCAUGCAGCGACGGCCGCUGGUCGGUGCUUCUCGUGGCUCAUUCUGUGGACGGCAUCCGCUGGGCAAAAGACAUUCUCACAUCUGCACCAAAGAAUGUCAAGGGAUACGAUCGCUUCAUCUCGCUUCUCUGCAAGAAAUUAUGCAAAGACUUAUACGACGAGGUGGCUCUGGGCGGACAGGUGGACGAACAUCUCCAGGACCAGCUCAUCUGCUUCCAGGCGCUUUGCGACGGUCCAUCAUCUUUCCCUCGGGGCGAAGAACCCGCAGAUGGCUCCCUAGCCGGCCCGAUCGGUCCGCUGAUUGACGCCAUGGGGGAGCUGAGUGUUGGAGAGCGCAGGAUGAGGAGAGAAAAGACAGCUGAGCCGUUUGGCCAUGGCUCAAAGCACGCAAAGACGGCGCGCUGGGUGGUUGGCGAACUUUUGCCUAGAGCCGAGUUUUACAAUAAGGGCGAUUUGAUGAAGGGCGUCGGCUUUUGCAUGGAGUGA